GAGGGAGUGCAGAGAAGGUUCACCAGACUGAUUCCUGGGAUGUCAGGACUGUCUUAUGAAGAAAGACUGGAUAGACUUGGUUUAUACUCUCUAGAAUUUAGGAGAUUGAGAGGGGAUCUUAUAGAAACUUACAAAAUUCUUAAGGGGUUGGACAGGCUAGAUGCAGGAAGAUUGCUCCCGAUGUUGGGGAAGUCCAGGACAAGGGGUCACAGCUUAAGGAUAAGGGGGAAAUCCUUUAAAACCGAGAUGAGAAGAACCUUUUUCACACAGAGAGUGGUGAAUCUCUGGAACUCUCUGCCGCAGAGGGUAGUCGAGGCCACAGUUCAUUGGCUAUAUUUAAGAGGGAGUUAGAUGUGGCCCUUGUGGCUAAAGGGGAUCAGGGGGUAUGGAGAGAAGGCAGGUACGGGAUACUGAGUUGGAUGAUCAGCCAUGAUCAUAUUGAAUGGCGAAUGGUGCAGGCUCGAAGGGCCGAAUGGCCUCUACUCCUGCACCUAAUGUCUAUGUUUCUAUGUUUCUACCCAACUUCAGAAUUCCAAAAGGGAAUGUAAAGAGAAGCGAGAGGUGAAGGAACAACAGAAGCUAAAGUGCUUGGCGAACAUUGGCCGUGCAGAUAUCAGAAUUGAUAAUAUUGGGAAUGAUCGCGUUUGCUCACUUGUAGGGUUUAGGAGCCGUUGCUGCGGACGUAGAGACGCGGACGUGAGCGGCCAUUGGGGGCGGCCAGGUGAGCUCGGACAGUGAGCCCCCCAUCUGCUCGGUGUGCGGGCUGAGCUUCGAGAGGCUGAACUUCGAUGGAGGACCACAUGACGGGGCACAACAAGGAGAAGCGUUAUGAAUGCGACGUGUGUGGCAAGGCAUGGCAGAGGCCGAGCGAGCUGGAGAUCCACCGGCGGGUGCACACGGGAGAACGCCCCUUCGACUGCUCGGAGUGUGGCAAGAAGUUCACCUGCUACAGCAACCUGCUGCAGCACAAAAGCGUGCACUCAGGCGAGAGACCCUUCAUCUGCUCCGACUGCGGCAAGAGCUUCACGAGGGGGUAUGAGCUGAAGAUCCACCGGCUGGUGCAUACGGGCGAGAAGCCCUAUGGCUGCUCCACCUGUGGCAAGAGCUUUGCCCGGUUGUCGGGGGUGCAGGUGCACCGGCGGGUGCACAGCAGUGAGCGGCCCUUCACCUGCUCCGACUGCGGCAAAGGCUUCAAGUCGUCCACCCACCUGAAGAUGCACAGGCGCCUGCACACCGGGGAGCGGCCCUACACUUGCAGCGACUGCGGCAAGGGAUUCACCCGCUCCAGCAACCUGUUGAAGCACCAGCACACCCACGCCGGCGAGCGCCCCUACACUUGCGUAGAGUGCGGCAAGGGCUUCACCAACUCUACCAGGCUGUUGUCCCACCAGCGGGUGCACACCGGCGACCGUCCCACCCCCAUCCCGGUAUGUGGAGAGCGCUAUGCCAUCGCCUCCCACGCCCUGUCUUCCCAGCGGGUGCCCACCAGUGGCCCGCCCUACGAUUGCCCGUACUGCGGUGAGGCGUUUAACAGCUCACGAGGGUUGCGGCAACACCGGCGGGCCCACGUCGGUGAGCGGCUGCUCCCACUGCGGCAAGCGUUUCAAGAGCGCACGGGGGCUACGGGAGCACCAGCGGGUGAGUGACACCGGAGAGAGACCCUUUGUGUGCGCUGAGUGUGGCAAGGGUUUCACCCGCAUGUCCAGCCUGUGGCAGCACCGGCGUACCCACAGCGGUGAGCGUCCCUUCCACUGCCCAUCAUGUGGUAAGGGCUUCACCCACCUUGACCACCUGCUGGAGCACCGGCGAUUCCACACUGGCAAACAGCCCUUCACCUGCCCUUUGCCCGCUCCUCCAGCCUGCUGCCACACCGCCACAUGGAUAGAUCGGUGCUGUUUAGGUAGACACAAAAUGCUGGAAGGAAUGGGUAACGUUUCUGGUCGAGACCCUCCUCAGUCUCGACCCGAAACAUCACCCAUUCCUUCUCUCCAGAGAUGCUGCCUGUCCCGCUGAGUUACUCCAGCAUUUUGUGUCCUUUUUUGUAAACCAGCAUCUGCAGUUCCUUGUUUUUAAACCAUUCUGGUUAACCAUCUCUGCACCUUCCCCAAAGCCUCCACAUCAGUCCUGUAAUGGAGUGACCAGAACUGUAUGCAAUACUCCAAAUGCUACCUGACCAAUGUCCCUUAAAGCUGCACAUAUACAUUCCUCUCUCCUUAUCUCACACCCUUUUAUCCCCUUAUUUUCUCUUGCCUCUGACACUCUACUCAUCUGCUGAUCACCCCAUCGUCUGUUAACAUAGUGUCAGUCUGAAGAAGGGUCCUGACCCAAAAUGUCACCUAUCAAUGUUCUCCACAGAUGCUGCCUGACCCGCUGAGUUACUCCAACACUGUGUUUGGUCCUUAUCCCGUUAUACCUGUCCUAUCCAUGUACCUAUCUAACUGUUUCUUAAACGUUGGGCUAGUCCCAGCCUCAACUACCUCCUCCAGAAACUUCUUCCAUACACCCACUAGCCUUUGUGUAAAAAAGUUACCCCUCAGAUUCCUAUUAAAUCUUCUCCUCUUCACCUUGAACCCAUGUCCUCUGGUCCUCGAUUCCCCCACUCUGAGCAAGAGACUCUGUGCAUCUAACUAAAUUGUGUUCCAUACAAGAUUCCAGCAUCUGCAGUUUCUUGUGUCUCCCUCACCCAUAUCCACCUAUCACUUCUGAAGAAGGGUCUCAGCCUGAAACUUCACCCAUUCCUUCUCUCUAGAGAUGCUGCCUGUCCCGCUGAGUUACUCCAGUAUUCUGUAUCCACCUAUCACUUGCCAGGCUUUGUCCAGCCCCCAUCUCUCUUUUCCAGCUUCCUCCCCCCACCCUCUCCAAUCAGUCUGAAGAAGGGUCCUGACUCAAAACGUCGUCUGUCCAUUCCCUCUAAAGCAGUGGAGGAACUCAGUGGGUCAGGCGGCAUCUGUAGAGGUAAGGUGAUCACUCCCACCUCUCCUUUCCAACUUUCUCCACCCCCCACACCAUGCAGUGUGAAGAAGGGUCCUGACCUAGAAUGUUGCCUGUCCGUGCUCUCCAGAGGUGCAAGUUACUCCAGGAGAUUGUGUCUCUUUUUGUAAACCAGCAUCUGCUGUUCCUUGUAUCUAGACUAGGCGUGCAUUACACCCUACACUUGCACUCGGUCCGCCAAGGCCUGCUGGAUCUCCCGGUUACCAACCAUUUUAACUCCCCUUCCCACUCCCACACGGAUCUUUGUGUCCUGGGCCUCCUCCAUUGCCAGAGUGAGGUAACACGCAAACUGGAGGGGGACAGCACCUCAUAGCUUUCAGCCCAAUGACAUGAACAUUGAAUUCUCCAAAUUAAGGAGACUCCCCCCUCCUAAUCAACUCCUGGAGUCUGUUCCGACCACAUCUCUUUUUGUCCAGCUUUCUCCCCCGACUCCAUCAGUCCAAAAAAGGGUCCAGACCCGCCAAGUUUAAGAAUAAGGGGUAAGCCAUUUUGAACUAAGACGAGGAAACACUUUUUAACCAUAUAACAAUUACAGCACGGAAACAGGCCAUCUCGACCCUUCUAGUCCGUGCCGAACACAUAUUCUGCCCUAGUCCUAUUUACCUGCGCUUAGGCCAUAACCUUCCAUUCCCUGUACGCAAUACUCCAGGUGUGGUCUCACCAAGACCCUGUACAACUGCAGUAGAACCUCCCUGCUCCUAUACUCAAAUCCUUUUGCUAUGAAAGCCAACAUACCAUUCGCUUUCUUUACUGCCUGCUGCACCUGCAUGCCUACCUUCAAUGACUGGUGUACCAUGACACCCAGGUCUCGCUGCAUCUCCCAUUUCCUGUUUUUGACACCAAAAUGGAUAACCUCACAUUUAUCCACAUUAUACUGCGUCUGCCAAACAUUUGCCCACUCACCCAGCCUAUCCAAUAUGAGGUGCUGUUCCUCCAAAUUCCGGUGGUGCUCGCUCUGGCCAUGGAGUAGAUCCAGGACAGAGAGGUCGGAUACGGAAUGGGUGGGGGAGUUGAAGUGCUGAGCCACCGGGAGGUCAGGUUGGUUAAGGCGGACCGAGCGGAGGUGUUCGGCGAAACGAUCGCCAAGCCUCCGCUCUCAUUCAUACUAUACCCAAGUGAAAGUGAAAAUUGAGUCGAGCUGCACACAGCCGGCUGCUCACAGAACCAACUGGCUGCCACUGGCCCAACAACAUAAAGGCAUUUUAUUUUAUUUAUUUUUUUAUUUUUUCAUUUUUAAAAUGGAGCUUUUAAUUUUUUACUUGUACAUGUACAUAAAGGCAUUUUAAAGUGUUUUUUUUAAACGAAAGCCUCAACGCAUUUGUGCCUUACGUGACAAAUAAAGCAAGUUUUUCCUGACCUCACUGUGUUCUUUGGAAUUCUUCACAAUUCAUGUUGUACUAUCAAUAAUGAAAGAAAAUGCCACCAUCUCCAAAAAUGAUAAGAAAUUAUUCUCACCUCCAUGCAUAUCUGUAGACCAGUGGUUCCCAACCUUUUUU